AUGGCCGACGUGCCCCUUUACGUAGUCUCAGACUACACGUCAUCUGAGAGACGGAUUACUCCGUCCUGGACCAUCACUCAGCUUAAGUCCAAGCUCGAGCCCAUAACUGGCAUUCCUCCCUUGUGCCAGCAAAUCUACCUCAAGAUAUCCUCAGACGAAAGGAUUCUUAUACAAGCCGUAAAUGAAGAUGCUGUCCAUCUGUCAUCGUUUCCACUCGCUCCAUACGCCGAACUGCAGGUCGUUGAUACCCGACCUCCUUCAGCUAGACCUGAUUUCUCGAAUACCGCCGGCGUUGAGAAAUACGUGAUGCCCGAUGAAGAGUAUGAGAAGAAAACGGAUUCAGUACUUGCCUGGAAGAAAGCGCAAAAGUUGGGCCGCUUCGACCCCAAUGCGCCGACCGUUGAGCAGGCUAAAGUUCAAGCCAUUCAGAGGGAGAUUGAGGUCCGCGGGAUUGCUGUUGGCAAGCGGUGUAGGGUAGGUGGAGACGAUACCCGGCGCGGCGAAAUCAAAUACGUGGGAGAAGUGAAGGAAAUUCCCGGCGUGGGUGCUUGGGUAGGCAUCCAUCUUGACGAACCCGUGGGCAAAAACGAUGGAAGCAUCGGAGGAACCCGUUACUGGGGUAUUGAGUCGGAGCUCAAACAUGGCAUAUUUGUCCGGCCAGAACGUGUCGAAGUCGGCGACUUUCCUCCGUUGGAUGAUCUGGAAGAUAUGGAGGAAAUCUAA